AUGUCCGAACAUCUGUAUAAUUCAUCGGACCUGAAUUCGGUCCUCCGGACACUGUCAACCUUGACUAACCCAGCCGUUACAUCUGGGGACGUGCUGCCCAAGAAGGCCGAAACUCACGAUCCCCAGAGGAGUCGGCCUGGCGUAACUCAGCUUGUUCAGAGCGGCCCAAUCAGUCCAGCAAAGAAACCAGCACCAAAGUCAGCCACACUUGAUCCAUCCACAAUCAUUACAUGGCCUGCCGCCCUUCGAUAUGUGAUGACAACCGUUGGCCAAGAUGAAGAGACCCAGCUUCGUAUUCGCGGACUGAUCACCAGUCAGCACAAGCACGAGAAGCAAUGGUGGAAAGCCCGGGAAGCCCUGCUGGAAAGACAGCGAGCCCGUGGGGAUAAGAAAAAGGAGCUUAACGCCGUUCUGAUACUGGCGACCAGACGUUCUAUCGGUGCGCCGGUUGACUCCACAAUGGCUCCACCCUUGCUAACCUCAGAGAAGGAUGAGAACGCCGAUGAGCUAGAGCUCGCAGAGUACGAUCGAAAGGUCUACAAGGCAUCUGUCACCAUGGCAAAUGCGCUCAUAUCCGAACUUCGUGGAAUGAAGAUUCCCUUCUUUGUAACUCAGAAGAGCCUGAUUCGCCAAGAAGAUGCACCCGCUAGCUCAAAUGAGCAGACUGGUGAUUUGUUGACAAAUUCAGAUCUCUCCGAUCUUCAGCGACGAAUGCUCGGUCUACUCGAGGACAUUUGCAAGGAAUGA